AUGGAUAACCAAGUAGGGGAUAUGAAAUUAGAUCGCAUAAGGGAGAAGGUCAAGCAAGGGAAGGCGACUGAGUUCAAAAUCCAUGAUGAUGGAAGUAUUCGAUUCAAGGGGAGGUGGUGUGUACCAAAAAAGUGUGAGGAGUUGAAGAAGAAGUUGAUGGAAGAAGGGAACAAUACACCCUAUUCAAAACAUCCAGGAGGAGAUAAGCUUUACAAAGAUUUGAAAAAGGUGUAUUGGUGGCCUAAAAUGAAGAAGGAAGUGGCAGAGUUUGUAGCCAAAUGUCUAGCCUGUCAGAAAACUUACCAAAUCGGAAGUGUUUAUACUAAUGAAAGAGACUUGAAAAAUGAACAACUUGCAAAGGCUUACAUCAAAAAAGUUGUGAGGCUACAUGGAGUUCCUAAGGAUAUCGUUUCUGAUGGGGAUUCUAGGUUUCUUUUGAACAACUGGAAAAGUGUUCAGGAGACCUUUGGUACGACAUUGAAGAUGAGUACAACAUUUAACCCACGGAAGGACAAUCUAAGAGAACUAUCCAAACCUGGGAAGAUAUGUUAA